AUGGAAUUUCCAGACUGGUCUUCAGCGUUUCCUCAGGGGAAACGUAGCUUAAAGACCCGUCCGCGACAUGAUUCUCAUAUUAUACGGAUUAAGGAAUUCCUAAGGACAAUGAAAUCUUCACAACAAUUGACGUCCUACCUCUCUGCUAUCAGUCUUGCAUGGUGUGAUUCUUGCGAUGAAUCGAUAAGCCGGGAGCUCAUUGAUCUUGUGGGACCUUCGAUUAAGCACCUACACCUAAAGCCAUCGACUCCAAUUUCAAUGGAUAUGAUGCCUCUGUGUUUGACUUCUUUGGAAUUGAAUACGAAAGUCCUUGGAUUGAAAUACCCUUCUAGAAGUGGCAGCAAUUGGCGUUACAGCCCACCGACCUGGAGAGUUGAUAGGGAGCUAUUCUACUCCUUCUUCUGUCUGCCUAACUUGAGGUCACUUUCAGUGGAAGGUAUCAGAGGUUGGGACUGGUUUGAGGGAGACGCAUUAGACUUUUCUAAUAAAACACACACCUCGAAUAUAACCUGUCUAAAAUUCCCCUACAGUGCGCCGGCUGGGAGAGAUCUAUCUGAAGUAUUGAGUUGGCCAAAGAGUCUUCUAUCAUAUCAUCAUGAGUCUUGCCUCGAUGAUGAUCGAAUGUACAGCUGUAGGAGAGAGUGGGUAUUCAUGUUUGACGUGGAAGCUUUCGUCCAAACCCUCAGCUCACAGCAAGCAAGUCUAGAAGAAAUCUUCAUAUCGUCAGCAAACGACGAUGGUGCACAAACCUUCCCAAACCUCAUAGAUCUGAGCUCUUUUUCUAGAUUACGGCGUGUUGGACUGAUGGUAGAUCACUUGGACUGGCCAACCCUUUAUCAAGACGAGGAAUCCCCGACUUUGCCAAUCUCUAUAAGGCUACCAUCAGGAUUAGAGGAGUUGCAGAUAGAACUCACAGAAGAAGACAGGUUUCAAGAUUACUUCGACAGGGACCAUCAGUGGGCAAAACAUUGCAGUACAUGGCAUGAGGUUGGUGAACUGGGGGAGUGGCUUUGCCAAAUUGCACAGAGCAAAAUUAAAUAUCCAAACUUGCGCAAAGUGACUAUCUGGAGGGACAAAAACGCACCUGAUGUUGCCACGUGGAUUGAUAUGAGACCGUAUCGAAAUUAUCAUCUGGUGGAAGAAGCGUUCAGAGUGGCGAACAUUGCCAUCGAAUGGGUGCAUUCUCGAGCCCCACCUAUGUUUAGUGCUUAG